GGUCGAACUAGUUACCGGGGAAGACAGAUCGGCCGACAGUCAGCUAACUACUCUCUCUCAAAGAUGCUGCCUGCGUUGUUGCUGAGCUACUGCGCAGCUGCAGUUGUCGCGGUUCCGAUGGUAGGGGAAGACGCCUGUGGUGAAACUUUCCUGGCUGAGCAGGGUGUCGUUAAGAGUCCUCGGUAUCCUAAAAAGUAUCCCCAUAACUCACACUGCGUGUACAAUAUACUAGCAAGUUCAGAUGCCACCCUGAAGUUGACUUGCACAAAAAUGAACAUUCAGAAGUCCAUCGGCUGUACAAAAGAUUCCUUGAGAAUUAACGGCGUCUCUUUCUGUGGUAGAAAUCCACCGAGAAAUAUCUUCGCCAAAGGACAGAUAAGACUGGAGUUUGUCACGGACGGCUCGAAGAACAAGAAGCGCGGUUUCAGGUGCCUCUACGAGCGGGUCGAGGGUGAUGCCUACAGCCCAGAAUCCUGCGACAGCCGCCUGAGUGAAAAAUCUUCCUGGAACGCCGGCUGGAAUGGCCAAGUAAACAUCCCAGUCGACUCCGAUUUCACAUCCUGGACGGUAGACUUUGAGUUUACAUCUCCAGUUACGUCUUUCGAACAAUGGACUGGCGUAACCACAGCCCUCAGUUCCACCCGAUUUUCUGUCUUCAAGGCUAACGGCCCCAUGUCGGCGGGACAGACACUCUCCUUCGAAAUUCUUUACAGAUUUGCUGAGCAGACUCCAGUACCGACCAUCAAGUUGAUUUUGCUUAAUGGGAAAAACGUAUGCACUGGUGAGGCUGUUACAACAACUACUCCACAACCAACUGAAGUGACGACAGUGACCGAGGCACCUUACACUGGCCCGGGCUGUGCAUUGGAGGGAUCCUCGUACAAUUACGAUGAAGUCCUGCACAAGUCUCUCCUCUUUUAUGAGGCUCAAAGGUCGGGAUAUUUACCCGCGUCUCAGCGGGUCACCUGGAGGAAGGAUUCGGCAACUGACGAUGCUGUUGACGACGACACCCAACAACGCGUCGAUCUGGAAGGAGGAUAUUACGAUGCUGGGGACUAUGUGAAAUUCGGAUAUCCAAUGGCUGGAAUGACCACUGUAUUAGCUUGGGGUGCUAUUGAGUAUGGUGAAGCAUACACAGCAGCAGGUGAAAUGGCUUACAUGAAAGAAGCGGUGAGAUGGGCAAGUGAUUACUUCAUCAAGGCUCAUCCAGAAGCAAAUGUGUUCUAUGGUCAAGUGGGAGAUGGGGAUGUGGACCACGCAUACUGGGGCCGACCUGAAGAUAUGACUAUGUACAGACCAGCAUUCAAACUGACAACGAGUAAGCCAGGGUCUGACCUUGCUGGUGAGACUGCUGCUGCUUUAGCUGCUACUUCAAUCCUGUUCAAAGAUUCAGACCCUUCUUAUGCAGCCAUUUGUCUACAGCACGCUGAAGAUCUGUAUAACUUUGCCAAUCAGUAUCAAGGAAAGUAUGCCCAGUCCAUUACAGAUGCAGCCUCAUUUUACAACAGUUGGGGAGUGUUUGAGGAUGAACUGGCAUGGGCAGCUGCGUGGCUUUACAGAGCUACAAAUAACAGAGAUUACCUGUCAGACGCUAAAAGCCAUUACGACAAGCUUUCUAAAAGUGUUUCUGAAUUCUCGUGGGCAGAAAAGACACCUGGAGUACAGGUACUGUUGUCUGAAUAUGCAGACGAGGCAGAUAGGAGUACUUACACAAGUGAUCUGAAAUCAUUCUGUGACAAAAUGGUAUAUAGCAUGCCAAGAACACCAAAGAAAUUAGUGUUUAUCAAUGAAUGGGGAUCACUUCGCUAUGCUGCUAACGUAGCGUUUAUUUGUUUACGAGCAGCAGAUCUAGGCAUUAGUCCUGGCAUUUACAGGCAGUUUGGUAAAGAACAGAUCCACUACAUGCUGGGAGAUGCAGGUCGUAGCUUUGUUGUAGGAUUUGGACAUAAUCCUCCUCAGCGUCCUCAUCAUGCGAGCAGUUCGUGUCCAUUAGCUCCAGCUCCUUGUGGGUGGAGCGACUUUUCUUCUACUGAACCUAAUGUGCAUGAGUUAACAGGAGCCUUAGUAGGAGGACCUGAUGCCAGUGAUAAUUAUGUAGACAGACGAGAUGACUAUAAAAGUAAUGAGGUAACUACUGACUAUAAUGCUGGAUUCCAAUCAGCAGUUGCUGCUCUGAGGGUACUUGCCAACUGUGGUAACAUUACAACUAUAACAGUGUAUACGUCGACAAAUCCGGAGUCCACUAAUCCUGGUGAGACAACAGACAGCCAGUCAACAAAUCCAGAAACUGUUGUUUCAACGACCAGUAAGCCAACUGUAAUCACAACACCAGGGACUGUAACGACUGUGACCCAGGCUCCUUACACUGGCCCAGGAUGCGCAUUGGAGGGAUCCUCGUACAACUACGAUGAAGUCCUGCACAAGUCUCUCCUCUUUUAUGAGGCUCAAAGGUCGGGGUAUUUACCCUCGUCUCAGCGAGUCACCUGGAGGAAGGAUUCAGCAACUGACGAUGCUAUUGACGACGACACCCAACAACGCGUCGAUCUGGAAGGAGGAUAUUAUGAUGCUGGAGACUAUGUGAAAUUCGGAUAUCCAAUGGCUGGAAUGACCACUGUAUUAGCUUGGGGUGCUAUUGAGUAUGGUGAAGCAUACACAGCAGCAGGUGAAAUGGCUUACAUGAAAGAAGCGGUGAAAUGGGCAAGUGAUUACUUCAUUAAGGCUCAUCCAGAAGCAAAUGUGUUCUAUGGUCAAGUGGGAGAUGGGGAUGUGGACCACGCAUACUGGGGCCGACCUGAAGAUAUGACUAUGUACAGACCAGCAUUCAAACUGACAACGAGUAAGCCAGGGUCUGACCUUGCUGGUGAGACUGCUGCUGCUUUAGCUGCUACUUCAAUCCUGUUCAAAGAUUCAGACCCUUCUUAUGCGGCCACUUGUCUACAGCACGCUGAAGAUCUGUAUAACUUUGCCAAUCAGUAUCAAGGAAAGUAUGCCCAGUCCAUUACAGAUGCAGCCUCAUUUUACAACAGUUGGGGAGUGUUUGAGGAUGAACUGGCAUGGGCAGCUGCUUGGCUUUACAGAGCUACAAAUAACAGAGAUUACCUGUCAGACGCUAAAAGCCAUUACAACAAGCUUUCUAAAAGUGUUUCUGAAUUCUCGUGGGCAGAAAAGACACCUGGAGUACAGGUACUGUUGUCUGAAUAUGCAGACGAGGCAGAUAGGAGUACUUACACAAGUGAUCUGAAAUCAUUCUGUGACAAAAUGGUAUAUAGCAUGCCAAGAACACCAAAGAAAUUAGUGUUUAUCAAUGAAUGGGGAUCACUUCGCUAUGCUGCUAAUGUAGCGUUUAUUUGUUUACUAGCAGCAGAUCUAGGCAUUAGUCCUGGCAUUUACAGGCAGUUUGGUAAAGAACAGAUCCACUACAUGCUGGGAGAUGCAGGUCGUAUUGUUGUAGGAUUUGGACAUAAUCCUCCUCAGCGUCCUCAUCAUGCGAGCAGUUCGUGUCCAUUAGCUCCAGCUCCUUGUGGGUGGAGCGACUUUUCUUCUACUGAACCUAAUGUGCAUGAGUUAACAGGAGCCUUAGUAGGAGGACCUGAUGCCAGUGAUAAUUAUGUAGAUAGACGAGAUGACUAUAAAAGUAAUGAGGUAACUACUGACUAUAAUGCUGGAUUCCAAUCAGCAGUUGCUGCUCUGAGGGUACUUGCCAACUGUGGUAACAUUACAACUAUAACAGUGUAUACGUUGACAAAUCCGGAGUCCACUAAUCCUGGUGAAACAACAGACAGCCAGUCAACAAAUCCAGAAACUGUUGUUCCCACUACUCAAAAACCAACUGUAGUUACAAGUGAAGGCACAUUGUCACCUACGUCAGCAAAUCCAGAGUCUACUAAUCCUAAUGAAACUACUGACAGUCAGUCAACAACUCAAGAGACACUUGUUUCAACUACCAAUAAUCCAACUGUAGUCACAACAGAAGGCACUUCGUCAUGUGAGAGUAUAUUGCAGGUAUCCAGCUCUUGGAACACUGGCUGGAAUGGUAAAGUCAACAUCCCUAUAACUACAACAAUCACUUCAUGGACAGUUGAAUUUGUGUUCACAUCACCAGUGACGAGUUUCGAGCAAUGGACUGGAACGACUACAGCUCACAGUAACACCCGAUUCUCAGUGACGAAGGACAGUGCCCAGCUGUCCCCAGGCAGUAUUCUCGCCUUCGACUUUCUUUAUCGAUACAAUGAAGGUCCAGCUGUGCCAAGCAUCAGAUCGAUUAAGCUCAAUGACCAAUAUAUCUGCGACAGUGAUGACCCACUAUUUUCUACUGAUGCGCCAGUGACAGUAACGACAGUGACCCAGGCUCCUUACACUGGCCCGGGCUGUGCAUUGGAGGGAUCCUCGUACAACUACGAUGAAGUCCUGCACAAGUCUCUCCUCUUUUAUGAGGCUCAAAGGUCGGGGUAUUUACCCUCGUCUCAGCGGGUCACCUGGAGGAAGGAUUCAGCAACAGACGAUGCUAUUGACGACGACACCCAACAACGCGUCGAUCUGGAAGGAGGAUAUUAUGAUGCUGGAGACUAUGUGAAAUUCGGAUAUCCAAUGGCUGGAAUGACCACUGUAUUAGCUUGGGGUGCUAUUGAGUAUGGUGAAGCAUACACAGCAGCAGGUGAAAUGGCUUACAUGAAAGAAGCGGUGAAAUGGGCAAGUGAUUACUUCAUCAAGGCUCAUCCAGAAGCAAAUGUGUUCUAUGGUCAAGUGGGUGAUGGGGAUGUGGACCACGCAUACUGGGGCCGACCUGAAGAUAUGACUAUGUACAGACCAGCAUUCAAACUGACAACGAGUAAGCCAGGGUCUGACCUUGCUGGUGAGACUGCUGCUGCUUUAGCUGCUACUUCAAUCCUGUUCAAAGAUUCAGACCCUUCUUAUGCAGCCACUUGUCUACAGCACGCUGAAGAUCUGUAUAACUUUGCCAAUCAGUAUCAAGGAAAGUAUGCCCAGUCCAUUACAGAUGCAGCCUCAUUUUACAACAGUUGGGGAGUGUUUGAGGAUGAACUGGCAUGGGCAGCUGCGUGGCUUUACAGAGCUACAAAUAACAGAGAUUACCUGUCAGACGCUAAAAGCCAUUAUGACAAGCUUUCUAAAAGUGUUUCUGAAUUCUCGUGGGCAGAAAAGACACCUGGAGUACAGGUACUGUUGUCUGAAUAUGCAGACGAGGCAGAUAAGAGUACUUACACAGGUGAUCUGAAAACAUUCUGUGACAAAAUGGUAUAUAGCAUGCCAAGAACACCAAAGAAAUUAGUGUUUAUCAAUGAAUGGGGAUCACUUCGAUAUGCUGCUAACGUAGCGUUUAUUUGUUUACGAGCAGCAGAUCUAGGCAUUAGUCCUGGCAUUUACAGGCAGUUUGGUAAAGAACAGAUCCACUACAUGCUGGGAGAUGCAGGUCGUAGCUUUGUUGUAGGAUUUGGACAUAAUCCUCCUCAGCGUCCUCAUCAUGCGAGCAGUUCGUGUCCAUUAGCUCCAGCUCCUUGUGGGUGGAGCGACUUUUCCUCUACUGAACCUAAUGUGCAUGAGUUAACAGGAGCCUUAGUAGGAGGACCUGAUGCCAGUGAUAAUUAUGUAGAUAGACGAGAUGACUAUAAAAGUAAUGAGGUAACUACUGACUAUAAUGCUGGAUUCCAAUCAGCAGUUGCUGCUCUGAGGAUACUUGCCAACUGUGGUAACAUUACAACUAUAACAGUGUAUACGUCGACAAAUCCGGAGUCCACUAAUCCUGGUGAGACAACGGACAGCCAGUCAACAAAUCCAGAAACUGUUGUUCCCACUACUCAAAAACCAAUUGUAGUUACAAGUGAAGGCACAUUGUCACCUACCUCAUCAAACCCAGAGAUAACAGAGUCUGCUAACCCUAAUGAAACUACAGACAUCCAUUCAACAAAUCCAGUGACUGUUGUUCCAACUACCCAUGAACCAACAUUAUUUACGAGUGGUGGCAUUUCAUCUUGUGAGAGUUUAUUGCAAGUUGUUAGUUCCUGGAACACAGGCUGGAAUGGUAAAGUUAGCAUCCCUAUAUCCUCGGCAAUCACUUCAUGGACAGUUGAAUUCGAAUUUACAGCUCCCUUGACGAGCUUUGAGCAAUGGACUGGAACGACAACAUGGCUCAGUGACACCCGAUUCUCAGUGACUAUGGACAACACCCAACUGUCUUCUGGCAGUACUCUCUCCUUUGAUUUCCUGUAUCGGUUCGCUGAGGGAUCAGUGGUUCCAGUUAUCGCAUCAAUAAAGUUCAACGGAGACACUAUCUGCAUCAGAGAAACUACCACAACGACUUUACCUGUUGGAGGCUAUGCGUGUACCAGUGUGAAACUAUUAAACGAAUGGACAGGCAAUUACCAGCUGGACGUCAGCGUCACCUUCCCAGUGACAGUAUCCUCCUGGACAAUCAUCCUCACAUUCUCAGACACCGUCGAUCACGUCGAGGCCUACACGGCGAAUGAGACCACCUCUGGCAACACAGCGACUCUCGUUAACGAGAGUUACAAUGGCCUACAGACAGCUGGACAGACCUUGGUGUUAGGAAUGCAGGUUUCCUACUCGGGUUCCAACAAACCGGCAAUCACUUCAAUUGAAAUGAAUGGAAUAGAGCUUUGCAUUGAAUAAUAAGAAAUGAAUUCAUUCAAUAUCAUCUAUCUUGUCCAUUUGUUUAAAGAAAGAAAAUUCCAGUGGGAGAUACUUUGUUUAUACAGU